AUGCUUUUUAAGCAUGCUCAUUGUACGACGCAUUUCAGACCGCUGACAUUGUCGCGGAACCUCUUCCUCACUCCACGGCCGCACGCCAAAGCCCUGAGGAGCUCCUUUUCAAGCUUGACGCGACCUUGCGCGAAACCACGUGCAACGCAGCUUGUAGGUGCAACAUGGAACCAAGAGUUGCAACGUCGAGGUGCGAAGCGGAAAGCCUCGCUCAACCUCGAAGAUGUACCACAAGGUGCCAUUGGGUCUGAUACGUUACCACCUCAAGACGAUGCUGAGCCAGACUAUCCUCCACUGCUGCAGCAGGUCCGCAACAAUAUGCUCAAGUUCAACCAUUGCGUAUUGGUGACUAGAGUUGGUGGUUUCUACGAGCUCUAUUUCGAACAUGCUGACGAGUAUGCUCCGCUAUUGAACUUGAAGAAAGCCAAGCGGAAACCAUCGAAGGGCAGUAAGAAACCUGCUGUGUCAAUGGCCGGCUUUCCUGCCUAUCAGCUGGACCGCUACCUCAAGAUCCUUGUCCAGGACUUGAACAAGCAUGUUGCCAUCAGUGACGAGUUCAUCAACGAAGUACUCAACAGGGCCAAAGGCGAGCUACAGUACACUCGACGAGUGUCUCGCAUCAUCACGCCCGGUACAUUGAUUGAUGAACACUUUAUGGACCCUUGGGAGAACAACUACCUCCUCAGCAUCCACGUCGAUCCCAAGACGCUCGAGAAGGACAAGGCUGUCACGAAAUGUCCAGGAAGCUCCAACGUACCUUCAGUACUCAAUCUACCUCGCACAGAGGUUGGCCUUGCCUGGAUUGAUCUGUCCAGUGGCGACUUCCUUACGCAAAGCACUGACAUUGCAUCGCUGCCCACUGCUGUCGCUCGCAUCAAGCCCAGAGAAAUCGUGCUCGAUAGCAUUUUUGAGGAGGCCGAGCACUCACGCAUCGUAUCCAUACUGCAAGAAGACGGACACAUCAUAACUUUCCAAGAACCCUCACAAGAACCACUUGCUGUCAAGAACUGGAUAUCCAUGCUGGAGGAUGCUGUAGACGACUUCGAUCCUGCAAACUUCACGUCUGGCGAAGUGGCUGCCGGUGGCUCACUUUUGCACUACGUCAAGAACCAACUGCUUGGUUCGCGGACACGACUACAAGCUCCAGUCAGGCACCAAGCUGAAGAUCACAUGAGCAUCGAUAAGAACAGCUUGAGGGCGUUAGAAAUUAGAAGCACGAUCCGCGAUGGCACAUACGAAGGUAGCUUAUUGCACUCCUUGAAGAACACAGUCACCAGAAGUGGCACACGCCUACUCUCACAACGCUUGUCCGCACCGUCCAUGUCUCUCUCUACGAUCAAUGAUCGGCUCGACUUGGUCGAAGAGAUGAUAGAAUAUCCCCAGCUCAGGCAAGACGUCAUAGCACUGCUCGGACAGACCUUCGACUCGCUUCGUCUGGUGACUAAGUUCACCUACGGUCGUGGCGAUGCCGACGACCUUAUGGAGCUUUCCAAAACCGUAGCUACUACUUCCGACCUAUUUUAUGUCGUGCGUGAACACACGACUUCCAGGAAUGCGAUUCCGGUCGACCCGAAUAGUGAGGCCUCAGAGACCAGGCGACGGCACUGCAUGUCUACGUUCGAGCGGCGAUUCGAUCUUGAAGGUGUAUGUGAGCUUGCAAAGCGCAUACGGUAUGCGAUUGACGAGGACGCGCUCUCUGAGUAUCACCGUGUUGAAGAUGAGCAGGCAGAAGAAAUGUCGGAGUUGGCACAAGAUGUCCUGGGCCGUGAAGCAGGCGAGGAGGACCUGAAAAACAUGCCGAAGCGCAUUCAGCCGAAGCCACACGCGAUCACAGGCAGCUAUAAAAGUGCCACAGACGGACGAGAUGAUAUCUGGAUCAUGAAGCGCAAGGCAAGCCCAGCUUUACACCGACUGCACAAGUCCUUAGACUCCAUGGUCGAAACCAAAGCAGAGCUCGAGGCUAGAUUACGGCAACAGAUGGAUGUCUCCAGCUUGACGCUCAAGUGGACACCGAACCUCGCACAUAUUGCCCAUGUCAAGGGUAAGGAUGUGUCACGCGUCACACCGUACUUUCCCAAAAGCCUGAGCAGCAGCAAGUCCACACGUUCAUUCCAGGUUCCCGAAUGGACGCAACUGGGUGCACAGAUGGACGAGACUCGCUUCCGAAUCCGCAACGAAGAGCAGCGAGUGUUGGGAGAACUACGUGAAAGAGUUGUCCGUAACCUUGUAAGACUUCGCCGCAACGCAGCCGUGCUUGAUGAACUCGAUGUUGCGUGCGCCUUUGCUCUUCUUGCAGUGGAAAAGAACUUCACACGGCCUAUCAUAACACCUGGAACAUCGCACAAUAUUGUAGGUGGCCGACAUCCCGUCGUCGAAAGUAGCAGUAGCGAUCAAGGUCGCAAGUUCACACCCAACGACUGCAUACUCGACGACAAAGAACGCAUCUGGCUUAUCACUGGCCCCAACAUGGCGGGCAAGAGUACGUAUCUCCGACAGAACGCUCUGAUUUCGAUUCUCGCCCAGACUGGAUCAUUCGUGCCAGCCGAGUAUGCGGAAAUCGGUCUUGUUGACAAAGUCUUCAGUCGGGUUGGCUCAGCAGACAAUCUCUUCCUCGAUCAGUCUACCUUUAUGGUAGAGAUGCUGGAGACUGCUCAGAUCCUUAAAGAGGCUACGCCGCGUUCGUUCGUCAUCAUGGAUGAGGUUGGUCGAGGAACUGCCCCUGAGGACGGCAUUGCGGUAGGCUACGCUUGCUUGCAUCAUCUGUACCAUGUCAACCAAUGUCGGACACUGUUUGCGACCCACUUCCACGCUCUUACUGAUAUGACGAGGGACUUCGAUAAGCUAGCUUUCUACUGUAACGAUGUCCGCGAGGAGGCGGACGGCAAGUUCUCCUACGUGCACCGGCUGAAGAAAGGUGUCAACCGUGAGAGCCAUGCCUUGAAGGUUGCCCGAGUUGCAGGCCUUCCUGAGGAUGCCAUUGCAGUUGCUGCUAGGAUUCGCAAACAGCUAAAGCUCGAUUCAUCUAACCCAAUAUCGGCUGCACACUCUGCCAAAACCAAGGCAACCCGCAAAGGUAAAGCUGCUGCCGCGGAGUGA